CUUCACUUCCCGCCGUGAGCUAGCCGCGCCACCGGAUGAUGUGGGGUGUGCAUGCCAUAAGGAGACCUGGCUCGUCAACAACCUCAGUCGGGACGAAGCACGGAGAGUCAGAGGUUGCCACCAGGCCUGACGUAUCACACGGACGGCGGCGACCCUUCGCGUCUCUAGGUUCCUUUCCAUUGAUUGCAUUAUCCCAGCCUAACCAGCCAGCACCACCUAACGAUUCGGAUGCGACCUCUCGGGACCCCAUGACCAUCCCCCAAACCCCGUCAACCCCGUUGCUGACCGCUGUCACCCGUCGACGUCGCGUAGACCACUAUGUUCGCAGCCUGGCGAGGGAAGACGUCGUCUCAUCUCAUCAUCCCCUCUCGUCCCCUCCGGCCUCGCUCGACCCAUGGCCGGUUCGAGGUCGACGGUACAUGUGUUCCCGGCUGACCGCCGCCGGCCGUCGCGUGCGUGCCAAACGUGCCGUGAUCCUGCAACCUGUCCCUGCUCCCCGUCCCGCGCCAUCACCCAAUCUCCAGACCGCGUUGUCCACCCGACAUUUCUUUCACCUGAACCGCCCGGAGCGAAGGGGGGCGUAGUCGGUUUAGCUGGCACCGGGAAUAACGCCUCUGCAGAUCCCUUAAGCCCUA